AUGACUCAAGAGCCCCACCCACAGAUUCCGAUCCUGCAGCUUCGCGGAACCAAUAGCCACAGCAGCCCCACGGGAAGCUACCAUUACCGCCCAUGCAGACCACCUAUCUCCAUAGAGACCAUCUACCUCGCAGCAGACCAUUUACCUCCUAGCAGACCAUCUACCUCCAUUUACCUCCCAGCAGACCAUCUACCUCCAAGGAGACCAUCUACUUCCCAGCAGACCAUCUACCUCUAUUUACCUCCCAGCAGACCAUCUACCUCCAAGGAGACCAUCUACCUCCCAGCAGACCAUCUACCUCUAUUUACCUCCCAGCAGACCAUCUACCUCCAAGGAGACCAUCUACCUCCAAGGGGACCAUCUACCUCCAUUAACCUCCCAGCAGACCAUCUACCUCCAAGGAGACCAUCUACUUCCCAGCAGACCAUCUACCUCUAUUUACCUCCCAGCAGACCAUCUACCUCCAAGGAGACCAUCUACCUCCCAGCAGACCAUCUACCUCCAAGGAGACCAUCUACUUCCCAGCAGACCAUCUACCUCUAUUUACCUCCCAGCAGACCAUCUACCUCCAAGGAGACCAUCUACCUCCAAGGGGACCAUCUACCUCCAUUAACCUCCCAGCAGACCAUCUACCUCCAUCUACCUUCCAGCAGACCAUCUACCACCCAGGAGACCAGAUACCUCCCAGCAGACCAUCUACUUCCCAGCAGACCAUCUACCUCCCAUCUACCUGUCAGAAAACCAUCUACCUCCAUCUACCCCUCAGCAGAGCAUCUACCCUUCAGCAGACCAUUUACCUCCAUCUACCCCUCAGCAGACCAUUUACCUCCAUCUACCCCUCAGCAGACCAUUUACCUCCAUCUACCUCUCAGCAGACCAUCUACCUCUCAGCAGACCAACUACCCCUCAGAAGACCAUCUACCUCUCAGAGAGCCAAGCAGUCCAGGAGGGUCCAACAUUCCAGAUCCAGGGUCUUCAGACACCCUGUGA